AUGUCUUCUUCCGCAUCCUCUAACAACCCACUCAUUACCAUUAAUGCUGCUACCACCAUCAACGAGAAGCUUACGUCUUCCACUUUUUCACAAUGGAGAGCACAGUUUGAAGCCUUGCUUAUUGGCUAUGACCUCAUGAAUUUUGUUACCAGUGAUCUUCAAUGCCCUGCCAUUGAUGCCGAAAAUUCCGCUGCUUCCAAAGCCGUGAAUUCUCGCUGGAUUCGUCAAGACAAACUGAUUCUCCAUGCACUGCUAGCCUCAACGUCCACCACCAUCACACUGUUACUUGCUUCUUGUAAGACAUCUCAUGAAGCUUGGAAUAAACUAACUUGUCUCUAUGCAGGGAAAUCGUGCACUCAUGCGAUGCAGUUGAAGGAAGAUCUCACUCUCAAUAAUAGUGGCAAUCGGACUACCACUGAGUUUCUCCAGGCUAUCAAACUUAUAGCUGAUGAACUUGCCCGGAUUGAUCAUCUUGUCUCUGAUGACGAUCUCACUUUUUUACAUUCUCAACGGUUUGGGUCCAGAAUUUAG